CGAGACAUUGGUAUCAUUUCGGACAUCCCGGUUGGCUGGCGCAAAAAGCCACACGGUCACAGAGCUCGCCAGACGAGACGCCUGUUUAAAAUUGGCCCGGCACCCGAUAAUCAUUUCGUGUUUCGGACCUUGACGCAGAGCAUCAUCACUUUCUCUCACCUUCCGAGACAACGGACAACCAAGCAACCGAGCGGCACGCACCCCGACCACGCUCCUUCUGACGCUGUCACCCACUUCAACCCAUCCGAGCAUUUUCUCUUCUUGGAAUAACACCAUGGACGACGACGGGCCUACCAUCCUGCGGCCAAUUCCCCGACGCCCAUUUGGCCUCAAUCUUACAACCCCGACUCCUCCAGACGAAGACUCGAGCCCCGCGACUCCGGCUCCAUCGGACUUGGCCAAUCUGCGAUUCCUUCAACCCACUCCCGAACCACUCUCCCUAACACGGCCUCAGUCAUUUCUGAAUCUCACCUCUUCAACCCUAUUUGGCAUCUACUCCCCGGCGACCCCCUCCGCGCGCGAUCGCGUUUUCGACGACCGAGAUGAGCUUGACACGCCCUGGGGUACUGGCGCCCAGACCCCCAUCAAGCGUCCCAGCGUUGACGAAGCAACCUACGAGUUGAUGCGUGAUCGGUCUCAUCCUGUCCGCCGCCGCUCCUCGUUCCGUCCUACCGAACCUCCCGUUCAGCUCGCUCCUCCCCCGUCACUUAUAUCCCUUGCCUUGCGGGGUCUUCUGCUUUUCCUCCUCGGCGUCGGGUAUGGUGUACUCGUCACAACCACGCGCUUCCACAGCGGGGCAGGCAACCUGGCAUCAUUCAAGGACGGCAUGAUUCGCCCUGCUUACAACUGGGCCCAUUUGACCUUUUGGGGAGUGGCUGGCGUCGCACUGGGUGCUCUUUUGCCGUGGUUCGAUCGAGUCUGGGAGGAGUCGUUUGGUGAAGGUGAAGAUGACGUCGUAGUGGCUGAAAAGGAUGGGGACUUGGAGGACCUAGGCUCCAGUACCGAUUGGGCGCUUGUCAUCCGGGCUGUCGGAGCCUUUGUCGGCAUUGUCUUUGCUAUUCGAAAGGUGGCCUGGGCGUCCACCCUCCAGGUGUCCCUGUCACUUGCCCUGGUGAACCCUCUUCUCUGGUGGCUUAUUGAUCGUUCCAAGCCCGGUUUCGUCCUUGCGGCUGCGGUUGGCCUCACGGGCUCCGCCUUCCUCCUCGGUGUCAACCCAGAUAUGAUGCCGACUCCCUCUGCCGUCUCGUUUGGCAACGCAUCGGUCACUAGGGCUACUUCCCACGAUGACUUGCUUACCCUUGGUGGGCUUGCCCGACAGGAGACGGUCGAGACGGGUGUAUGGAUGCUAAGUGUGCUGUUCUGCAGCUGCGUCUGCUUUGGCAACAUCGGCCGCCGUCUAGCCAUGGGCCGGUCUGCGGCGGUGAGGGGUAGAUGGGCUGGUGUGCGAUGAUGGGAAGAUGAAGGUCUUGUUUCUCCGGUUCGGGAUGAGGAUUGACGGAUUGCCUCAAAACGUCCCAGCCACUCACUCAUUUAUUUGUUCACGGUUU